AAGACCGGCAACUCUCAGAAUCAAGACAAGUGUACACACCUCCUCUCUGACAUUGAGUGUUUUGUUUAUCCUGAAGGGGAGACAGAAGUGGGCAAGUUGCGGCUCUCCUGUUCCUUCCUGUUUGGCCUCAGGUGGCUCUAAGGCAGCAGCAGCAUGACCAGAGCAGCAGCCCCUGUGGUGACGGGCAUCUCCCCCAUCGAGGGAGUGCCGGGAACCAAGGUCACCAUCAGAGGAGAGAACCUUGGCUCCCGACCAGAGGACCUUGUUGGCCUCACAAUAUGCGGGGUGGACUGCCUCAUGACAGCUGAGUGGAAGACAAGCACCAAGAUCAUAGCAAGGAGUGGCAUGGGUGUUGGGAAGGGGGAUAUCAUCGUGACCACCGUGCACGGGGGCAGAGGGACAUCCACAGUUCAGUUUAGAGGGUACCAGGAGACCAUGGGGCCGCUGAAGGAGUCUGCUGUGUGGGUGGACGAGACUAUCUUCCUCAAUAUGGCCUUUGGUAGGAAGCGGCCUAUGUCUCCAGCCUCGGCCCUGCAGGAUGACCCCCUCGGCCUGUCUGUCGAGGGCCACGACCGCCGUGUGCUGAAGGAGGAGCUGAAUGAGAUGUUCCCGGGGUGCUCUGGUGACCUCUCCUCCCCCAAGUUCAGCCCAGAGUGGUUCCUUCUGGAGAACCAUCUCUCCACCUCCUUUAAUGACCUGCGGGCGGGUUUGGCCUACCUCAGGAGGAAGGUGGAGGCUCAGAAGGAAGGACAAAUCUCAUUUCUUAAGGCUAACGUGGGCUCUGUGCUGGAACAACUAGACACACUGCAGGAGCUGAAGUGCAAGUUUGAAAGCGACAUUCAGGAGUACGGACGCAAUUCCACCCAAUCCCUUGAAAUGUCCAUCAUUGAGUGCAAGGAUGAGGCUGACAAGCUCUUCAAGGAUGUGCUGCAACGGAAGGACAGAGCGGAUGGGACUCGCAGCGCCCUCAAUGUCCUCAACCGCUUCCGUUUUCUGUUGUUCCUGCCGGUGAACAUUGAGAGGCACAUCCAGAGGGGCGACUAUGACAUUGUGAUCAACGACUAUGCCAGAGCCAAGAGUCUCUUUGGUGACAGCCAGGUUCCGCUGUUCAAGUUGUUCUACAGUGAGGUGGAGAAGAGGAUUGAGGACCUGAGGGGAGUGUUGGGGGAGCAGCUGGUACGCAUGCCCUCCUCUCUUGAUCACCAGAAGAAGAUCAUCAGGAACCUUCACCAUCUGGAAACCCCCGGAGACCCAGCCUGGCGGUGUCUUCAGGCCCAGCACAGCUACAUCCUGAACCUGCUCCUAUCCUCCCGCAAUGCACACCUCAACAGGGAGAUGGCAGACCAUGACCUUGGCUCUGGUGGAGGGAAGGGAGGUAGUGGUGGUGGUGGUGGAGCAAGGCACACCACUCCAGCUGCCAAGUAUAACAAGAUCAUGAUGUCUUCUGUUGGGGAGUGGCAGGCUACAGCCCCAAUGCGCGUACUCAUGGUGGAGGAGAUCUGUGAGCUGCUCUCCACAAACUUUCCUGACAUGUGGAAGCUGAGUCAGGCAUAUUUUGGGGGGGAGCUGCUGCCGCCUACUGCCCAGGUUGACCACCAGCAACACCCAAGAUGUAAGGAGAUGAUCCUGGAGCUGCUACAUGUGUUCAGCGGGGCACUGCGAGGCGCCUUGAUGCCACGCUCCCUUGACCCAGCCGGACACAACUUCAGGAAAUACCAUGUGUGGCCCGAGGUGAUGCUCGACCAGAUCACCCCAUGGCUGCCACAGGUUCUGCGUCAUGUCAGGAGCUGCUACAACACACUGCUCACCCUGGAUCUCCCCAAUGAUGCUCUGGAUGUGAUUCGUGACCUUAUAUUUGACCUCAGGGUGCACUGCCUCACCUCCCUCUUCCAGCAGACCAUGGAGCAUGUGUGUGGACUCUACACCAGGGAGCAGUGGAAGGUGGAGGUGGAUGAUGAACAUGGAGGGUGCACACAGCUGCCCCACAUCUGUGAGAGUGUGAUAGUGGAAUGUGCUCAGCUGGUGCGGGAGACAGUACUUGAAGCGAGUCCCAAGGAGGUGCCUCUGUUGGACCAUCCCACUGUGAGGAGGGACCUUACCACACUCAUCCAUAAUGUUAUUGUUGCGUUUGCUCAGGCCCUAGAGAAACUUACCUUAAGGGACCCUGAUGAGGAUACUGGUGAAUGUGGGGUGAGUGAGGAUGCCCCAGGGGUGGAGGCUCAGCUGCUCAUCACCCUCAGUAACUGUGCCUUCAUGAGGAGGGUCAUCCUGCACCGCCUACAGGAUACUCUUGUCAGGGCGUCCUACCCACUGGAGGAGGUGAAGGAGGCAGUAGAGCAGGCUGACCGCACCUACUCAGAACUGCAGGACAGACUGUUUGAGGCUUACCUGGAGGAACGAGUUGACCCAAUAAUAGGCAUGAUAGAGCGCUCCAUGUACCUGGGGAUGUACGACUGGGGGAAGGUGGACUGGGAGCCUUCAGAAGUGAGGACCUACGUAAAGGAAAUACUCAUCAACAUUACCUACGUUCAUGCUGAGGUGAUGAGGGUGUGGCCAGGCCUUGUUGGCCUGGUGGGGCGUGUGGUGGAGGGCGUGGGGGAGGAGAUGGGGCGUCUUAUGGCCUGUGUUAGUCACUGGUCACGCUUCGGUGCUCUCCAGGCACACACUGACCUGGCUGCCCUCACCUCUGUACUGGCCACCCAUGUCUCCCCCAAUGCAAAGGCAUCAUUCCAAGAAGCUAUUGAGAGUCUGCCCAAGCUGUCAGCCUCAGAAGAGAGGUUGAAGAAUGAGAUCCUGGAGUCCUUUAGAAGCAAGAUGGGGUAUCUGCUUGCCUGCUUCCGUGACCUUGAGCCCAUCAGUGAUGGCGCCCUGACCCACUCCCUUGCUUGAGGCAGUGGAGGGGUGUGGACUGGCUGAAUUGAAGACACCACAACAAUGAGUGCAUGUGGCACUGAGAGACACAAGCAGGGUAGGAAGCUGUAGGGAAAAGAGGCUGGGACUGUGUUAGACUGAAGAAGAUAAGGAGGGAAGAGUAAAAGAUUUUGAAGAAAGAUGAUGAGAUAAAGACAGGAGUAAAAGAGGUAGAGAAGGAGAGAAGGUAGGGUAAGAGAGAUCAAAGAAAAGGAGUAAAAGAUUUUGAAGAGGAUGAGAUAAUGACAGAAGUAAGAGAGGAAGGGAAGGAAAGAAGAUGGGCUAAGAGAGAUGAAAGAAAAGGGAUGCUAAAGAAAAGUUGGAACAAAUAAAAAAAAAAAAAAAUUGUUUUAGAAAGUAAGAGGACAAGGAAAGUGAAAAAAAAAUAUGGAAGGAAAUAAAGAGAGGCAGGUAAAUAGAAAAUAUUGGAUACUAAAGAAGUAAGAAAAGAAGAUAGUAGAUAAGAGAAAUUUGUGGUAAGAGAAAGAUAAAAAAAAAAUGAAACAGGAGGGGAAGAAGGGAGGAAUAAAAGGAAUAUAUACAGAGAAAGAGCAGUAAUGGGAUGCUAAAAUAUGGGAAAGGGUGAAAACAGAAUUUAGUAAUAAUGCAAGCAACAGGUAGAUAAAAGAAAAAUGAAGUAAGUAAAUGUUGCAGUAUAAAUACAAGAGAUAUGACAUGUUAAGGUAGAUAAUGAAUAGUGGAAAAGAUAUCAGUGAACAGGGAUUAUGACAUGGAGGUGGGCAGACAGAGAGAAUGGAGAGAUUAAGUAGGUAUAUAUUGAUGUUUUGAAAUGUGAUAUUGAUAUUAGUUAUUAUACAUUGGGAGUGAAUAAUUCCUUGUGGUUUUAUGAGACCUGUAAAAGUGUGUGUAUUGAGAGAGAGAGAGAGAGAGAGAGAGAGAGAGAGAGAGAGAGAGAGAGAGA